GAACUCUGGACCUCCUGUUGCCAGGGAAACAGGACCGGCGGGAAAACAUAAUUAAAGAAAAGACGAUACAACAGAGACUCGCUGCCCGUCCAGCUGUUUCCUCCACAGCUGUAAACGUCGGCCAUGUCGUCUACAGUGCUGUUCAACCUGCUGCGUGUCGGCCGCUCCUCCAUCACCCGACAAACCUUCCUCGCCGCUCGCUGCUCAUCGGAAACCUCCACGGCUUGUGGACAGGGAGGCGGGGCUUUGUUCGGGGUGGUAGGCGUGCGUCAUGCCGGCGGGUCGGUGCGUUUCGACAGCGAUGGCAGCUGCCGGCCGGUCACCUGGGACUCGUUCGGUAUCUGGGACAACCGGAUUGAAGAACCCAUCCUGCUGCCCUCCAGCAUCAAAUAUGGAAAACCCAUUCCACAGGUCAGCCUGUCUCGGGUCGGCAGCACGUCCGCUCUGGGUCUCAGAAAGCAGAAUGAGGAUCGCCUCCGUGUCAGCCGUAUCCAUGACAACCUGCUUUACUUCGCCGUGUUCGACGGGCAUGGCGGCCCGCACGCUGCCGAUUACUGCUUCACCUUCAUGGAGAAGUUUAUCAGAGACGCUCUGGAGGAUGAGGACGACCUGGAGAAAGUUUUAAAGAAAGCGUUUUUGGAUGUUGACGCGGCGUUACACACACAUCUCAGCUACUUCAAUAAUGACUCUGUCCUGAAGGCCGGCACCACGGCGACGGUUGCUAUGCUACGGGACGGUGUGGAGCUGGUGGUGGGGAGUGUUGGAGACAGCCGGGCGUUGCUGUGCAGGAAGGGACGAGCCACCAAACUCACCAAAGACCACACGCCAGACCGCGAAGACGAGAAACAACGGAUAAAGAAGUUUGGCGGCUUCGUGACGUGGAACAGCCUCGGCCAGGCCAACGUCAACGGGCGCCUCGCCAUGACCCGCAGCAUCGGGGACUUCCACCUGAAAACCAGCGGCGUCAUCGCAGAGCCGGACACGCGACGACUUUCUGUCAAGCACAACAGCGACUCCUUCCUGGCUCUGACCACGGACGGCAUCAACUUCCUGCUGAGCGACCAGGAGAUCUGUGAUGUCAUCAAGCAGUGCCAAGACCCGACAGAGGCCGCUGAUGUCAUCACUCAGCAGGCGUCGCAGUACGGCUCGGAGGACAACGCCACCAUCAUCAUCAUCCCUCUCGGAGCGUGGGGGAAACACAAGAACUCCUCGGCCGUCUACAGCAUGAGCAGGAACUUUGCCUCCAGUGGGAGAUGGGCGUAGACGACAACACGGGAAAAAAUCACAUGACCUCCAAAACUGUUGAUCGAAUGAGUCAAAAUAACUUUGACUUGAGAGACACAAAACUUUUUAACUUUUCAAAACUCUGGAUGUUCUCUGAAUGAUCGUGAGGCGACAUGCUGACUCACAGUCGAGCCGGCUGUAGUAUGAGUGUGAGAACAGUGGAAAUAGAGUGUGUAAUAUAUUGUACAUACAGAGAGGUUAGCGUUAUUGUUUAUGUGAUUAUUCAUCUGUGUAGCUCGUGUGUGUGUGUGUGUUUAGAUUGAACACUAAACUUCCCUCCUUUGUUUUGUCACAUUGACAGCGGUGUCAUUGUCAAGGUUCAAAUUUCUCACAUUAACUUUUCAGGAAGUUAGAAAUGCAGUUUCAGGUUGACCUCCGUGUGGAUUUUAAAACAUCUUCCAGACU